AUGGCCGAUGAGGAUAUUCAACCACUCGUCUGUGAUAACGGGACAGGAAUGGUUAAGGCUGGAUUUGCUGGAGAUGAUGCUCCAAGGGCUGUGUUUCCUAGCAUUGUUGGCCGACCACGCCACACGGGUGUGAUGGUUGGCAUGGGACAAAAAGAUGCAUAUGUUGGAGAUGAAGCUCAGUCCAAACGUGGUAUAUUGACUCUAAAAUAUCCAAUUGAACAUGGUAUUGUGAGUAACUGGGAUGAUAUGGAGAAGAUUUGGCAUCACACCUUCUACAAUGAACUCCGUGUUGCCCCUGAGGAGCACCCGGUUUUGCUCACCGAGGCACCUCUUAACCCUAAGGCUAAUCGCGAGAAAAUGACACAAAUUAUGUUUGAGACAUUCAAUACUCCUGCAAUGUAUGUUGCCAUCCAGGCCGUUCUAUCGCUUUAUGCCAGUGGUCGAACAACCGGUAUUGUUCUGGACUCUGGAGAUGGUGUGAGCCACACUGUACCUAUUUAUGAAGGGUACGCCCUUCCACAUGCUAUCCUUCGUCUCGAUUUAGCAGGUCGUGACCUCACCGAUGCCUUGAUGAAAAUCCUAACCGAGCGUGGCUAUUCGUUCACUACUACAGCCGAGCGUGAAAUUGUUAGAGAUGUGAAGGAAAAACUGGCUUACAUUGCACUUGAUUAUCAGCAAGAGCUUGAAACUUCGAGAACAAGUUCUUCUGUUGAGAAGAGCUAUGAGCUUCCUGAUGGACAGAUCAUCACCAUUGGCGCUGAGCGUUUUCGUUGUCCUGAGGUUCUUUUCCAGCCAUCCAUGAUUGGAAUGGAAGCCGUUGGCAUUCACGAAACCACGUACAACUCAAUCAUGAAGUGUGAUGUUGAUAUCAGAAAGGAUUUGUAUGGAAACAUAGUACUCAGUGGUGGUUCUACCAUGUUUCCUGGUAUUGCUGACAGAAUGAGCAAGGAAAUUUCCGCUUUGGCUCCAAGCAGCAUGAAGAUCAAGGUGGUGGCUCCGCCCGAGAGAAAAUACAGUGUCUGGAUUGGUGGCUCUAUCUUAGCUUCUCUUAGUACUUUUCAACAGAUGUGGAUUGCAAAGGCCGAGUAUGACGAAUCCGGUCCUUCGAUUGUACACAGGAAAUGCUUUUAG